AUGACAGUCACGAAGCACUCGAAAAUGAAGAUUCUCCUGAUCGGAAAAGGCGGUCGCGAACAUGCCCUUGCAUGGAAACUCACUCGAUCGCAAUCAGUAGAGCAUGUCUAUGUUCUGCCAGGCAAUGCUGGCACCGGAACCUUGGCGAAAGCCUCGAAUUGCCACGAGAUAGCCGUUGACGACUAUGAUGGCCUCGUGAAGCUGUCAAAGAGGCUCGAAAUCGACCUUGUCGUCGUCGGCCCAGACGACGCUGUUGUUGGAGGCAUGGGAGAUCACUUUCGAAGCAAUGGAAUCCGUUGCUUUGCCCCAAGUAAGAGGGCAGCCAUCAUCGAAGGCUCCAAGGACUUUGCAAAGGACUUUAUGUGCAGGCGCAAUAUUCCGACCGCGUGCUACGAAACCUUUGACAAGGUUGACUGCGACAAGGCCAAGGCGUAUGUACGAAGGUUGAGCCGCAGAGUGGUCAUCAAGGUGGACGGCCUUGCAGCAGGAAAGGGUGUCAUCCUUCCCGAGACGACCGCAGAAGCGGAGCAAGCCCUCGAGGACAUCAUGCUCAAGGACAAGUUCGGUGAUGCUGGCGAGAUGGUGAUCAUUGAGGAGUACCUCGAGGGUUACGAGAUUAGCGUCCUUACCUUCACUGAUGGAACAUCGAUUCUCUCUCUGCCGCCGGGCCAAGACCACAAGCGCGCUCUUGACGGCGAUAAGGGACUGAAUACUGGCGGUAUGGGCGUGUAUGCGCCUGUGCCUUCCGUGACUGAGGAGCAGAUGGCCGACAUUGAAGAGAAGAUCAUCCUGCCGACUAUUGUUGGCCUUGAGUUAGAAAGGAGACCUUUCAACGGCAUGCUCUUCACAGGGAUAAUGAUGACGUCCACAGGCCCCAAAGUGCUUGAGUACAACGCGCGUUUCGGCGACCCAGAGACACAGAGCAUGGUGCUUCUCCUUCCAGACGAGGCCUUGCUUGAAGUCAUUCUCGCUUGUAUAGAGAACAGGCUGGGUGACAUCAAGCUGGAAACACUUGCAGGUUUCGCCUGCAAUAUUACUGUUGCGGCGAAGGGCUAUCCAGAAUCACACAGGGAAGGGGAUAUUAUCCGACUGGAACCUACCUCUGAAGGUGUACAUGUCUUCCACGCUGGAACUGAUCAGGUCAACGAUCAAUUAUUCACGGCAGGCGGUCGUGUCCUGUCCGUUGCCGCGACGGGUGAAACCCUCGAGGAAGCAGUAUCGGCUGCUUACAAGGGGGUUGAAAGUGUUCAUUUUGAGGGCAUGUUCUACCGCAAGGAUAUUGCGAUGCGGUAA